AUUUUAAAGAAACUCCGUUCGAAGUGCCACGUCUGUUUGUCUCUGAGCGAACAAUGAUUGAUAGGGUUAGAGACACUUGCAUCAGAGUGCUAUAAUUUCGCGAAUAACACACCAUCAAAGGGAACCGGAACACGCGUGUUAUCAGUACACUUCGGGGAGUGUCUCCGAAGUCUCCGUCAGGUCGAGUCGAGAAGCAGAGCUUGCCGCCAGAAGAACAGGUGACGGGUGACUACUCGAAGCAUGACAGUGACUGCGAUUGGUUUCGAAUUUUGCUGUCGUUUAUCGCAACACGGCAUCAGAAUCUAUGCAGAUGGAUGAAUGGGGAGUGUGAAUUGAAUAGCCGGGUGGUGGUGAUAAGCUACUGGAAAAAGAAGAACAUCGAAAAGACGGCGACGGCCUGCUGCAGUGAUCGAAAUUUCGCGAGCUGCAGUUCGCGUUUGUUUGUUAUCAACAAAGCCUGAUGUAAUUUUCGUUUAAGGUUCGAUUUGAUUCGGCGUGGAAGAGUGCGAGGAAAGAAGAGUGAAGAAGCAGGAAAGCAAACGAAGAGUGUGCCUUGUGUGUGCAGCCCGAAGCCUGCUGCGAUUUUGUUUUUGAAUACGUUGUGGUGAAAGUGCUGGCCACGUGGUGGCGUUGGUGAAGCUAGGCUUGAAAAAGUAGUAAAUUGUGGGUGCAAUAAAGGAAGAAAGCCUCAGCUGCGUCAUUGUUCGAGUGCAUGGAAUCGUUGCGCUUCGUCGGUCGAGUCGAUGAAAUUGGUUUUACGUGGUAACCUGAAAAUAGUGAAGCGGCAAGAAGCGAAGGCAAUUCAAUUACUCUGACUCGGUGUGCACCAUUGGAGCGUGGUGGGCUCAUAAAUUGUUAGCAGUGUCUCCUCCCUGGGCGGGGCCACAAACACUAGAUGCCGCCGCAGAUAUUGCCCUCCUCGAAGAUGCAAUCCCGCGAGCAUCCGUUCAAUCGUUCGACGCGCCCUUUGUUGGAGCGUCGAGCUAACAUGGCGCAACCGCAAGUCCUCAGCAGUAAGCAGAUCAACAGUGUUAAGAACAAAGCCCCUACUCGUGGUUACAAUGACUUCAACCUCAUCACUCGUCAAUACGAGAACCUCAACUCCAACAAAGGUUAUCCGUACGGGAGUCCUCCUUCCCCAACUCAUCACGCCUUGAACAACAUUGAUUUUCAGUUCUCGGACGUGACAAAUGAUCAUCGCUACCAGUGCCCGGUAGCACCAGCCACAAAUCACUAUUUUACGACCGUCAGUACCAAUCGCAACAAUAGCGAUCACGAAGACGAUGACGACGACUAUGAUGAACUGGUCUACCACCAUAAUCAGGUGAACAUGGUUCAGUCCGGUCCUACGUUGCCACGUCGUCGGCUUAUCGAUGCGUCAUCCUGUGGCAAUAAUCUGUCGAUUCCUCCGGUUCCACCGCAGCGAAUCCUUCCGAUUCAGACUCCACCGCCGCCGCCCCGCGGGGAUACUCCGGAAAAUGACGGCCCUUUCGUGUUCGGCGUGCACCAUCCCAAUACCUUCACGCCGGCUUACGACAAAGCUAAGGAUGUCGGCUCCUCCGUCCAGCAGAACAACUUCAGUGAUAUUAGCUCCAGUAGGAAUACGUCGUCCAGUGAGAAGGAGAGGCGGGCGCUCGUCAAAGCGAAGAAGCGAACCAAAAAAGACAAAAAGCAAAAAUCGAAAGACAAAUCCAAGGAAAAGCAGCUGGCAUCCAGCAGCAGCAGUAGUAGCAACAGCAGCAGCAGCACCAAAGAAAAAUUCGGAGACGCCAUUCAGGACGAGGAUGAUGGUCCGAACGUCAAGUGUGUCCUGGUUGGAGAUGGAGCAGUCGGAAAGACGAACCUCAUCGUGUCGUACAUCCAGGAUCGUUUCAUCCCGGAGUACGUGCCGACGGCCUUCGACAAGUACAACGUGGACGUCAGCGUGGAUGGGCGACCGAUCUGUGUGACCCUGUGCGACACCGCCGGCCAGGACGCGUUGGAUCCCCUGAGGCAGCUGUGCUACCCCGGAACCGACGUGUUUCUGCUGUGUUUCUCCGUCGUGCAGCCGGAAUCGUUCCGAUCGUUGGCGACCAAGUGGGCCCCGGAAGUGUCCAAGUUGCGUGGCGCGGUGGUCCUUGUGGGAACGCAGUCCGAUCUGAGGAACGACCGGAGCACGGCUCUCAAGCUGCAGAUUCAGGGAGAGAAGCCUGUUCCGGUAUCGGCGGCGUGGGACUUUGCCCGGAAGAUUGGAGCCAAAUACAUCGAAACGUCCUCACAUAAGAAGGAACGGAUUAAGGAAACGUUUGAUACGGCCAUCUGGGACGUCCUGCAGGCGCGGGAGUUUAACCGGAAGCGACCCCUCUGGAAGCGGAUGCUGUGCUUGACCUGCUGAGGGUGGGGAAUAAUUGUUGUUUGUUUUAUAAUUAUUACGUCAAACACGAGACUGGAAUCGUUUGUUCUAUUGACAAUAAGGAAACUUAAACUCUAACUGAAUGUAUGUAAUUUUAUACGUUUCCGCUGGAUUCGUUGUAAAGCAGUAGCCGUAAAUAAUUGCUUGUAUUAUUCGUUACAUAAGAAUUUUGUAGGUAGGUUGUAUAACUUAUUUUCUUUUUCAGUUGGAAAGACAACCAAGUGAAAGGCUCCGACGCAAAUAGAUCCACACUGAUUCAUCACAGAUUUUUCGUGUUGGUAUUCUACUGCUCUUAUAAAGCUAAGUUAUGAGAAAAAAAAACUCAAAAUUAGACAAUCAAAAUUUUAUUAUUUUUCGACAAUCUGAUCAAGCGAAUCGAAUGUAGGCUAAGAAAUGAAAUUACGAGUCUUCCACUCUCAGUAAAUUAAAACCUCUUUUAAGACUAUAACAUUCCAUUGAGGAACAUAUCUAGAGAAGCUGUACAGUGAGACACAUCACAAAGAGCUAGUGAGAUGAUGAAACGUGAGAAACCUGAAAUUUGUAGCUAUAGGUAGGGACCAAACAUCGAACAAGACAAGAAUGUAUUAUACAUGUGUAGUUGAAAUAUGCAAGUUUAGUUUAGUUUAUAAGCACACACGAAGAAGGAGAAAAUGUCUUGCCAAUCUGUUUUAUGAAAAGUAAAGCUUCGACUGAAGAAACAGUUAUCAUAAUCGAAA